AUGAAACAAAAAGAACCAAGAAAAAUUCUUUUUGUUGCGCGACUGAAAAACGGCAAAAAAAAAGUGAGAUUAGACACUUCAAAACUGUUUCAAUGCAAUACUUUCUCGAUACCGAUCACUGCAAACAUCCAAAGAACUCACAAAUUAAAUGUUAUUGCACUUUUCUCAGCUAAACUUACAGAACUCAUCAAAACGAUUACAGGUUUGAAAACAUUGAAACCUUGA